CGGUUCUCAAGGAGCGCGGGUGUAUGGGAAUCUUUGGCGAGGGCCGCCGUAUUUACACAUGAUUUUUCCUGUCCUUCCUCCGCUUCUGCCCUGCGAUUUCAUUAAACAAUGGACAUUAUCUGGACCUUGAGUUCAAUGUCAAAGAUAGGCCAGGGAGGCAUAUUCAUCUUCAUCAGACAUAUUAGAGUACUGAGGUGGCUCGCUAGAUUUCGUUACAGCAACAAGCAACAAAAUAAUCUAUUAAUUUAGGAGUAGGUAGGAUGUAGAUACUUGUAGUAAAUUGUGUGCACAUUAAAAUAUGUAAUGCAUUUAAUAAUUAUUUGCGAGGUUUGGCCAGUUCCUCUUUUUUUCCUGUUCUUUAAAGAAACUUUGGCAAAGUUUGUGUUUUUCCAUUUUUGUAAAAUUAUGAAACGGCAGCGUGGAUGUGAAGGGGAUUUGUUUUGCUUGGUCUGUCUUAUGCCCGGGAGAAGGUGUCCGUGAACUCUGGUUAGGAGCAGGUGUUUUUUGCGUGUAAAGAAAAACGUAAAAUUUAGAAAAAGAAAAGCAUUAAUCCAAAAUGUCUUUCAAAAUAAUUAAAAUAUCCACAUACGUGUUUAUUUAACAUAGAUACUAAAUUUAAUCUAAAAUUAAUAAUUAAUAAAAUUUUCCUCCCUCAGAGUUGCACUACCUCAAUGCACUUUCACUUGCUCUUGGCUUACACGAGCCUCCCUCGUUUCUCUCGUGCUCUUCCUCCGCGAGCAAAGCAAGCGGGGAAGAAACAACCCCACUGAUUCCGUGAUUGCUUCAUCAAAGCAGGAAAAUUCGGGCAGUGUGCGUGGCUGUAGUCUAUCCACGAGCAGACCCGUCCCGACCUCGCUCUGACCUCGUCUCUCCCACGGAGCGCUUCUGUCACUUUAAAAUUUACCGUGGGGGAGCCUCGCGCAACUUCCGACCGGUGGACACGCGAGACAGGUCCCCCCUCCUCCUUAUCCUCCUCCUCAGCGCAUCUCCCUCGCGUGGGACAGCACGGGACAAGAGAGGAUCCACUUUAACGGGACAGACAGCGCCUCUCUCACAAACAGAGACACCGCUGCACGUUCAGAUCACGCGGGACGAGCACAUAGGUGAACAAUAUCACCAGCUUUAUUUACUACUUCACUCGCUGUCUUUAACAACCCGAUGGCAAGAGGAGGACACUGAAUAAAACUAAAAGUUUGCCCACGGCGCAGUCAGAGCUUUACCUGGGGACUUUUUAGGAUUCGAGGACGAAUAAACUGAAGUUGGAAGAAGUUUUCGUCCACGAGGACAUUUAGCGUGUCGUCCACUUUAUAAGAGCAAAGAGGAGGUGAAAUCCCAAGGCGUUUGUUAAUUUUUAUUUUUCCAUCAAGGGAUACAAGCCGCAAAACACAACCGAACGAGCGGUCGCGUGUGUGAGCUUCAUUCGGGAGUUUCACAGGGCGCGCUGUGCCGGAGUUUUGCGCGUUUUGGUGCCGUUUUGUCGAUUCGUUCAUCCCGGCGAGAGUUUUUGAGGGCGAGCAGACAGGUUUGGAUGGGCGCUUAUUUGAUAGCAGGAGCUGGCUAAGGCACGUCCAGGUCUCUCCAUCCACCCACCAACACAACCUCACAACCUGCCAGAUACAUGAGCAGAUCUUUUAUCGAGUGGUUUGUGAGGUUCAGCCCGGUGAGGAACUCCUGCUGUUCAUGAAGGCUGAAGACAUUUCAUGCGAGACGAUGGCUCCAGACAUACACGAGGAGCGUCAGUAUCGUUGCGAGGACUGCGAUCUUAACUUUGAAUCGGGUUCGGAGCUGUUGGACCAUCAGAAACACGCGUGCGGGACCCCGCCUGCCUCCGGCUUCAAGCUGUCUCAGCAGGGUUUGCCCGGACCUGGGGCUCCUGAUCACGACCUGCAUCUACACCCCCUGAACUUACCCCGCUCCCCUCAGGAGUGUAAGGAGUGUGAACAGAUCUUUCCUGAUGCCCAGAGUCUGGACUCUCACUCGCUCUCUCACACCGACGAGAGGGAAUACAAGUGCGAUCAAUGCCCGAAGGCCUUCAACUGGAAAUCAAACCUGAUUCGCCACCAGAUGUCACACGACAGCGGCAAACACUACGAAUGUGAAAACUGCUCAAAGCAGGUGUUCACAGACCCCAGCAACUUACAGAGGCACAUCCGCUCUCAGCACGUGGGGGCGCGAGCUCACGCCUGCCCCGACUGCGGCAAGACUUUCGCCACCUCCUCGGGCCUUAAACAACAUAAACACAUCCACUCCUCGGUCAAGCCCUUCAUAUGUAAGUCACUCAGACCCUUCAUAUGUGAGGUCUGCCACAAAUCGUACACGCAGUUCUCCAAUCUGUGCCGUCACAAGCGCAUGCACGCGGACUGUCGCACUCAGAUCAAGUGUAAAGACUGCGGACAGAUGUUUAGCACCACAUCCUCCCUAAACAAACAUCGGCGCUUCUGCGAGGGUAAAAACCAUUUCGCCGCUGCGGCAGGAGGGUUGUUUGGCCAAGGCAUGACCCUCCCUGGUGCCCCUGGCCUGGAUAAGUCUACAUUGGCUGGAAUGAGCCAUGGGAGCCCUGGUUUAGCAGACUAUUUUGGGACGAACCGGCAUCAUGGUGGGUUGACGUUCCCAGCAGCCCCUCCGGCAUUCCCAUUUAGUUUUCCGGGACUUUUCCCAUCAGGACUUUACCACCGGCCCCCACUAAUCCCAUCCACGUCGCCAAUCAAUGGCCCUCAAAGCGCUGAACUUCGGAAGAGCCCACUGCUGUCCUCACCCAUCCCUGGGUCACAUGACCUCUUGAAGAGUUUCCGCAAGGACUCGUUCAACGGAGACGGGGAGGGAAUCGAGCGGCCGAGAGAAGGCUCCAUCUCCAAGCCGAGGCAGAGCGGGAAAAUGAGCGAGCAAUCCGAGAGUAGCGAUUUGGAUGAUGUCAGCACUCCAAGCGGGAGUGAGCUGGAAAGCACUUCGGGUUCAGAGCUAGACAGCGAAGCAGAGAGCGACCGGGAGCGAGUGCGGGAAAAUGGGAAAGGGCCAAAAAGGAAGUCGAGUGGGUUCAGCGAUGCCCAGAGUCCAACUCUCAUCAAAUCCAGUGGUAGUAACAACACCGGUAAUGGAAAAGACUUUCCUGCAUCAGGGCUCAACCAGCCAUCUCUGGACGAGCACACAGCUGUUUCUGGUGCUGUUAAUGACUCAAUAAAAGCCAUUGCCUCCAUCGCUGAGAAAUAUUUUGGCUCUACCGGACUCGCAGGCCUCCAAGACAAAAAAGUCGGGGCACUGCCAUAUCCCUCCAUGUUUCCUUUAUCUUUCUUUCCUGCCUUCUCUCCUUCAGUCUAUCCAUUCCCUGAGAGGGAGCAACUUCGACCUCCAGGCCACAAGGUGGAGCCAGAAAGCCCUCCAGUUGAAAGUAAAAAACUCCAGAAAAGUGUCGAAUCGCCUUUUGAUCUCACCACCAGGCGGAAAGAGGAACCUCUAGCAGCCACCUGUGCUCCAUUGAAAUCCGAAGCCUCACAUGUACAAUCAACCAAUCCGGAUCAGCCGCUUGACCUGAGUCUUGGCGGACGAAGCCGAGGCAAGAGCAAAAGAGGGGAGGAGAUACAAAAGCCUCCUUCCUUUGCUGAUAAGAGGGCAGAGCCGGAGCCACCCAAGACCGACCCCUCCCUUCAGCACGCAAGACCCACCCCUUUCUUCAUGGACCCCAUAUACCGCAGGGUUGAGAAGAGAAAAAUGAACGAUCCAUUCGAAGUCCUAAAGGACAAAUACAUGCGACCAGCUCCGGGAUUUCUCUUCCACCCACAGUUUCGCAUGCCUGAUCACAGAACAUGGAUGUCAGCGAUUGAAAACAUGGCUGAGAAGCUGGAGUCCUUUGGCUCUUUAAAGCCAGACGGCGGUGACAUCAUGCGUUCCGUCCCCUCGAUGUUCGACUUCCGGGCUCCACCUGCCACUCUUCCUGAAACACUGUUACGCAAGGGCAAAGAGCGCUACACCUGCAGAUACUGUGGCAAGAUAUUCCCACGCUCAGCCAACCUUACAAGACAUCUACGGACACACACAGGAGAGCAGCCUUACAGAUGUAAAUACUGUGAUCGUUCAUUUAGUAUUUCAUCGAAUCUCCAGCGUCACAUCCGUAACAUCCACAACAAAGAGAAACCUUUCAAAUGCCACCUCUGCGAUCGCUGCUUCGGUCAACAGACCAACCUUGACCGCCACCUCAAAAAACACGAGAACGGUAAUUUAUCAGGCACAGCGAUGUCGUCGCCCCGAUCAGAGCUGGACAGCAGUAGCGCCAUCUUGGAGGAUAAAGAGGAUUCGUAUUUUAACGAAAUACGAAACUUCAUCAGUAACACGGCACGGACGGCGACGUCUCCGUCACAUUCGGAGGAAGGACUGAAUGGUAGUCAUUUUGACGAGGACAAGCCCCUGCCUGGACCUGGCUCACGUGAAAUGGAUGAGGAGGAAGGGGAGGAGCUCGGAGGUGAGGAAGAGGAAGGAGAGCGUCACGACGGGCCUAGGAAACCCACCGAUGAAGGUGUGCCUAAUGACAUCAUAAACGACGACAUGGAUUUCGAAGGACCGGAUGAUCUGGAAUUAAAUAGCAAAUCGUCACCGCGAAGAUUUAAUGACGAUGAGGAAGAUGAAGAUCACAGCAGUUUUUCCACCAUGGAUCACAUCCGCCACUUUAGUAUGGAGGACGGUGAUCUUAGCGAUGGUGAUGUCGGCGGCUUUGGCCCCGCCCACCUGCAAGAAGGGAUUAAGCAGCCCCUGUACAGAAAGUCUAAAUCACAGGCAUAUGCCAUGAUGCUGUCUUUAGCCGAUAAGGAUCCGCUCCACUCGUCUACCCAUAACGCCCCGAUGUGGCACAGCUUGGCCCGCUCUGCAGAACCCAGCGCUAUUCAGUCUCUUAGUCACGUAUGACACCCUCACCUUAACAACAGUGUGUUAAACUAUCGCUGGAGUCCAUUGGUCACAAAUAUACAGUACACACACUCGCAAGUGCCCAAAUUGUCAUACACUUAUACUGUACACACCCAGUCUGAACACUAUCCCAUAUACAUGAACAAACAUUGAUUGAUUGACUGUUUGAUUGAUUGAUUGAAUAUAGUUAGUAGCAAUGACAAUAGUGUCUGUAAUUUUGAUGGUGAUGAUGAAGACGAUGAUGACAAUAGUAGUAAUGCAUAAUAAUAAUAAUAAUAAUAAUUGUAUUUAUUCUGUCAAGUUUCAAUAUUUUGCACAGCUGUGGCAGCUGGUGAACAGUUUUUAAAAUUGCUGUUGGUGUCAUGUUUGUGAGUUUCGUGCGCUGAAACAGGUGGUUACUCGGAGUAACACGUGAGAGUCUUCCGCAAGACAAAUGUGAUCGCUGUCUGUAUGGGCACAAGAGCCUACCGGCAUGUAAAUAUAUUUACGAUUAACACGAAUACAGAAAGGAAACACAAAAAAUGUGUGUUUUUAAAGCAUUUCACAGGUUUCUUGUACAGAAACGUACAAAUUUACGAAAAGGGACGAAAUGGGGCUGGGGGUUCAGCGAUUUUCUUUUAGACGUUUUCGAAAUGAAACAACUACACGCUAAAGGUUUGACCUUUAGACCUCUCACAGACGCUGCUUUUAAAUAAAAGGUGUUAGGAGCGAGACGGUGACUAUUUACUGUCCAAUGAAAGCACUGCAUUCAACCCACUUACCCACCGUUUUGUGUGACGAUAGACGCUCUCUUAUCUUUAGUUAGUUAUUUUAAUGGUGGAAAAACGGUUGUUAAACACGCCUCGUGUAUUUCUAAACUGAGAAAAUGAAACUAGUUUUGAAAAAUAAACUAGUGCUGUAGAACUUGCGAAGGGCAUUCUGUCGUUUUCCACGGUUAACCCCGUCCGUUAGUUGGCGAACGAUACCACUAAAUAACCUGAAUGCUAGUUUAUAGCUACACCCUCCUCUCGUGUCUUUCAUUUAUAGACAAUCAUGCGUUUCUUAUGUUUUAUCCCCUGUCAUUUGUUGCUUCGUUUUGUCCUUUUUUUUUCCUUGGUUGGUGUCGUCGAUGUAUUUGCUGUGUAUCUUGAAAGUUGUAUUUAUUUCUCUGCAAACUGUAGUUUGUUUACUGAAUAGCACUGCUCUCGAGCGCCCCCUUGCGGUGAAAUCAAGAAUUUCACACUGAAAUUUUGGGGGGAAGAGACUCCAUAUGGUCUACUGGGGUUUGUAGAAAAUGUCUGAAUGCCAGAUAGUAUUAAAUGUACCAUCACAGCUUCUACUUCUAAUAAAACUGGUAAAUGAUAUAGAUAUUACUUAGGUUUUUUUGUAUGACAAUUUAUUGAUUCAACUGUAAAAUAUCUUUAAAAAAAAAUAAGAUAAAAUAGAGGAAAGAAUAAAAACAGCUGAUAUUAUUUCUUCAUAAAACGCAUGAUUGGUCCAAGCUGUUACUGACAUUUUCUAUGGUUGUCUGCAAGCUUGUGUGACGUUUGGGUUCAUGUUGAUUACUUGUGCCAAACCUAUGAGAAAUGCCAGAUUUUGUUUAUCCUCACGAGGUGAAGGACCAGAUCUUUCCUAUUUCACUUUUUAUUUUUUGUUUUGUCAAUGUUUAUAAUCCCAUUUUUAAAGUAAUCAGUGAGUUGAGGUACUUCUGUUUUAAUGCUUUCUACAAUGUAACUGUAUUGCAUUAUAAUUCAAUACUGUGGGAGGAGUUAGUGAGAAAUAAAGAACUCCUAUGGGCGGACUGUGCACUCUCUAA